UAUUCCAAUUGGAAUCAAGUUGAUCGGAAGCGGAAGCCGAUUUGAAUCCUUAAAAUGACGUCCUGUAUUCUGAAAGAUCGUUCAAAAUAUGAUCAACUGAGUAGCGAUUAUUUGCUUAUGAAAUCUAUUGUUUGCAAAUGUUGUGCAGAUUCACAGUACCUUCAGAAAUAUAAGGAUGCUCUCAAAGCGGAUAUUUGCUCAAAUAGGAAACUGAGCCGAAUAAAGAGAUCGGAAGAGUUGUUGCUACUCAUGGAAACCCGGAACUUGCUAAGCAUGAUAAAAAUCGACUUGUUUAUUAAGCUUGAACCGCUCAUCGGAGAUAUGGAGUUCGCGAAGCUCUUAGGUAACUACGAAGUAAUGCUGAAGGAGAAUUUUGGUUCAAUCAGACGAUUCUAUUUAGAAGAUCUACGCCGUCGUGAUAGAAGAACACUACUUGAAAAAGAAAUCGAACAUAUUAAACUGGGCGAAGCCUAUGCUGCCGGAGACCUGAAGCCGAGAGAUCAUCUGCACUCGGAAAGUACAAACCCCACACCGACGGCUUUUUCUGAACGGCGGAAAGAGAUCUACAACUUACUGAUCAACGAGAUUGGUCGCGAUUGGAAUACCCUGGGGAGACAUCUCCAGCUGAGCUCUGCGACGCUGUUCGAGAUCGAGGAACGCUGUGGCAAGGAUGUGAAGGCUCGAAUUCACGAUAUCCUAGAAGAAGCAGAGCGGGAUCAAGUGGAUGAACAGCAUUUCGUGGAUUUACUGGGAACAGCUUUGAUCAGCACGAGGCGAAGAGAUUUGAAACGGAAGAUUGAUAAACUGUUAAGUUGACGGUUUUCUUUUCAUGCGUUCUCCAGAAGUAGAUCGUUUUUUUUUUUUGAAAAAAAUAAUGGGUGGUAUUACACGAUAUAAUUAUUCCAUAAUGAUUAUAAUAAAAAUUAGGUUAUUACAA